AUGGCGUUUCUGGGGUUUAGUGGAAGCUCAAACGUCGGCCGUGUCUCGUUCUGCUCCGAGAAGGAUGGAGGGAGCGAGUUAUCCGUGGAGGAGUGUGCUUUACUGCGCUGUGGACUGAACCUGCCGGCUCUUUCUGGACCUCAAUACGACCAGAGAACGCAGUGUGAAGUGGACUCCAGGUCUUCAUCCUUUCACCAAGAUCUAGGCUACGCCGUCAAGCAGGAGGAAUCACUUGCUUUCAAUUCAUCAUCGGAUUCGCCCGAGUUCUCGCCGGAGGCGGACGCCGUGGUGUCCACGGCCCUAUCAGCGCCGUCCGUGCCGUAUGCCUUUAAUAAUGAACAUGGCUCCUCCCCUUCCACUGCCGUGUCUCGUCACUCGGCGCUACCGCUGAACUCCGGCGCUUUGAAGCGACACUGCCUGUCCGGCCGGAUCAACGCCACUGCCCGGAUGUCAUCCUGCACCAACGGCGUUGUUGAGCGUCUGAACCCGUCUCCUCCUGCCUGCCUUUUGUCCUCUUCUUCAUCCUCCUCUACGUCGUCAGUUUCAUCGUCACUUUGCGAGGAUCUCGCAUCCAUGCAGACGCCGGUGCCCGAGAACCUGAACCUGCUCCUGCAGCCGCAGCGGACGUUUCUGAAACAGGAGCCUCUGGAUGACUUUUCUCACUCUGAGGACGAUCUGUUUCAGCACCAGUACCACCAUCAGCAGCAGCCACUGUCCUGCCCGCCUCGGACCCCCAUGCCCCCUCCCUACCACCUGCACCAGUACGGCUCUGGGAACGGCGCCCAGCUCCACCUCCAGAACCAGCAGGAGUCGUUAGGUGCGGCGCGAGGACGAGGGGAAGACGGCGGCGUUGUUUAUGUAGACAAGCAGACAUGCCGGUGGAUUGACUGCAGUGCGGCGUACGAGCAGCAGGAGGAGCUGGUGAGGCACAUCGAGAAGGUCCACAUCGACCAGAGGAAGGGCGAGGACUUCACCUGCUUCUGGGCCGGCUGCAUCCGACGCUACAAACCCUUCAACGCUCGCUACAAACUGCUCAUCCACAUGAGAGUGCACUCUGGAGAGAAGCCCAACAAGUGCAUGUUUGAGGGCUGUAAUAAAGCGUUCUCUCGUCUGGAGAACCUGAAGAUCCACUUGAGAAGUCACACAGGUGAGAAGCCGUACCUGUGUCAGCACCCGGGCUGCCAGAAAGCCUUCAGCAACUCGAGUGACCGAGCCAAGCACCAGCGCACACACCUCGACACCAAGCCGUACGCGUGUCAGAUCCCCGGCUGCACCAAGCGCUACACGGAUCCCAGCUCCCUGCGCAAACACGUCAAAAUCCACUCGGCUAAAGAGCAGCAGGUGCGUAGGAAGCUGAGGACGUGUCCCCAUUUGGAAGCAGAUGCUCUCAGCGAAUGUCGGCAUCUACAUGGCCCCGCCCCCUCACAGCACUGCCCCGCCUCUUCUCAGCAUUGCCACGCCCCAUCGCAGCACCACGUUAACGGGAAGGACGGAUGCUCUCCUGCACUGGGACAGGACAUAUUUACAGGUUUGUUCUCUGGCUCCAGCACUGAUCUGCUCUCUGCCCCAACUCACCUCCCCCCACGACCACCUCGCCUGGACCGCGAUGACAUCAUCAACACCCAGAAUCCUCCACAGCUGCCCUCAGUACCCCGAGAUGGGUUAUCUGGCCCAUUGCUCUCUCCAGGAAUCAAUCCACUGAAGGCUCCGUCUCCAUCAUCCACGUUGGUGGAGAAACAGCAGAAUCUGUCAUCUACACAGCAGCACAAAUCCUACUCCUCAUUCCACAACCUCUCUGAAGAUUACCGGGGAAAUUUCCAGAGCUGUUUCCACUUUGGGGAGAAUUAUAGAACAGAGCAGAACAUCAACAACACUCACAUCCCUGCAGAUCCUCACAACUUCAACACACACACACACAAUGGCUUACACACCAGCUCCAAUACAGGGUUCAGUUUGGUGCCGGAUCUUGCAGGUACUGGGUCUCAGUUCAGUCUCAGUGCAGAUGACAGCAUCUUCUUCCAGCUCGGAGCCUUCGAGCGAAGCCUGAGUCAGAUGUCCUCAGUGUACACGGAGACGUAGAGCAUCACUCCAUCUAGCGCUCUAUCACCAUAUCACUCUCUCUAUCCAUCAUACUACGACUCGGUUACUAUAGUUCUCCAUCACUCUAUCUUUCCAUUGCCGACAAUAUAUCACUGCAUUAGUCUAUCACUCCAUCACUAGUCCUCCAUCACUCUAUACCUCUAUUACUGCUCGCUCCGUAACAUCACCUUCCACACGUUACUCUAAUACGGUCACGCCAUCAUGUCACUCUUUUAUUCUCUCUCACUCUAUCAUUCCUUCACUAUUCCUCCAUCACUGCUCUUUAUCAUGUUCCCUCCUUUCUUCUCCUUGCUUUCUUUCUCACUCUCUCGCUCUCUCUCUCUCAACUGAAGUGUAUAAGUAUUAUAUAGACUUUGUGUGUACCGUUGCUGUGUUUAUCAGUGAAUGUUUGCAGCGUGUGUAUUGUGUUUUAAUUUUCUCUUCUGUCUGUUUGUGUGUGUGUGUGUGUGUGUGUGUGUGUGUGUGUGUGUGUGUGUGUGUGUGUGUGUGUGAAG